GUGUUGUGGCUGCGGGGCCGCAAACAUGGCGGCGACGCUCCGCGCCCGCUCGCUGAGGCACCUCCGCAUCCGAGGUCGGAACGACAGCGGCGAGGAGAACGUGUCCCUCGAUCUCAGCCGAGGAGAAGGAGUAGAAGUCUUGAAUGGUCUCAGCAAUGUGACUGUACUACCUGUGUGAUGCAAUGACAUGUCCUGUUCCUUAAUAUAAGGGAAUGAAGCCUGCAAAUAUCAUCAGUCUGCACUGUUUUAAAAUCUUCUGGUUAUAUAGCAUUUUAGGAUGGGGAAACUAGCACAUGACAUUUGCUGUAGUUUAAGUGUUUCCUGCUUCAGUCAGUGCUAUUUGUGAAUUAUUUGUAGUUUCUGGUUAUGUCCCUGUAUUAAUGUUUGAGUAUGUUAGUAUUUUGGUGUUUCCAUGUGAUGCAAGUUACCCUCUAUGUCUUGGUUGGCAAACUGGUGAUCCUACAUCUGUAAUGUUGAUGGACUUCUUACAUGAUGAAGGAAACAGGAUAUUUCUGGGGACAGUGGCUACUUCUGACAGCUUUGAGUUUAUUGACCCUUGUGAUAAUAUGAGAGAAAUUCUCCAAAAUGUGGCCAAAUUACAGGGCGUGUCAAAUAUGAGAAAACUAGGUCACUUGAAUAAUUUUACUAAGCUUCUUUGUAAUACUGGCCAUGCUGAAGAAAAGUUAGGUUUUACCUAUGACAGCAUCAUUAUAUGUCUGAGGUUAGCUUUACUAAAUGAAGCAAAAGAGGUGCGAGCAGCAGGAUUGCGAGCCCUUCGCUAUCUUAUUCGAGACUCCAGUAUUCUUCAGAAGGUGCUAAAGUUGAAAGUGGAUUAUUUGAUAGCCAGGUGCAUUGACAUACAGCAGAGUAAUGAAGUAGAAAGAACACAAGCACUUCGAUUAGUCAGAAAGAUGAUCACUGUGAAUGCUUCAUUGUUCCCCAGUUCUAUUACUAAUUCUUUGAUAGCAGUUGGAAAUGAUGGUCUUCAAGAAAGAGACAGAAUGGUUCGAGCAUGUAUAGCCAUUAUCUGUGAACUAGCACUUCAGAAUCCUGAGGUCGUGGCUCUUCGGGGUGGUUUAAGUACCAUCUUGAAAAACGUCAUUGACUGUCAGCUAAGCCGAAUAAAUGAGGCUCUGAUAACUACAGUUUUGCACCUCAUUAAUCAUCCAAAGACUCGACAGUAUGUGCGAGCAGAUGUAGAAUUAGAGCGAAUUUUAGCCCCUUACACAGAUUUUCACUACAGGCAUAAUCCAGACACAGCAGAAGGACAACUCAAAGAGGACAGAGAAGCACGAUUCCUAGCUAGUAAAAUGGGAAUAGUGGCAGCAUUUCGAUCAUGGGCAGGUAUUAUCAGCCUGUGCAAACCGGGAAAUUCUGGGAUUCAGUCUCUUAUUGGGGUACUCUGUAUACCAAAUAUGGAAAUCCGGCGAGGUCUGCUUGAAGUUCUCUACGAUAUAUUUCGCCUUCCUCUCCCUGUUAUUGCAGAAGAAUUUAUCGAGGCACUUCUCAGUGUUGAUCCAGGCAGGUUUCAGGACUGCUGGAGACUUUCUGAUGGCUUUGUAGCUGCUGAGGCUAAAACUGUUUUACCCCAUCGAGCCAGGUCAAGGCCUGAUCUCAUGGAUAAUUACUUGGCUUUAGUGCUUUCUGCUUUUAUUACCAAUGGACUUCUAGAGGGUCUGGUUGAAGUGAUCACAAGCAGUGAUGACCAUGUAUCUGUCAGAGCAACUAUCCUUUUGGGAGAACUUCUGCACAUGGCAAACACAAUUCUUCCUCAUUCUCAUAGCCAUCACUUGCACUGCUUACCAACACUGAUGAAUAUGGCAGCAUCCUUUGACAUCAUGAAAGAGAAAAGACAGCGAGCAAGUGCAGCACUCAACUGCUUAAAACGUUUUCACGAGAUGAAGAAAAGAGGCCCUAAACCUUACAGCCUUCAUUUAGAUCAUAUUAUUCAGAAAGCAAUCUCAACACACCAGAAAAGGGAUCAGUACCGUGUGCAGAAAGACAUCUUUAUUUUAAAGGAUACAGAGGAAGCACUCAUCAUGAAUCUUCGAGACAGCCAAGUUCUCAAUCACAAAGAGAACCUCGACUGGAAUUGGAAUUUAAUAGGGACUAUACUGAAGUGGCCAAAUAUAAAUCUAAGGAACUACAAAGAUGAACAGUUGCACAGGUUUGUAAGGAGAUUGCUUUAUUUUUACAAGCCUAGCAGUAAACUCUAUGCUAACCUGGAUCUGGACUAUGCCAAGGCGAAGCAGCUCACUGUUGUGGGUUGUCAAUUUACUGAAUUUCUUCUUGAAUCAGAGGAGGAUGGACAAGGUUACCUGGAGGAAUUGGUUAAAGAUAUUGUACUUUGGCUGAACUCUUCAUCAGGCAUGAAACCUGAACGUAGUCUUCAGAAUAAUGGGUUACUAAAUACCCUUAGCCAGCACUACUUUCUGUUUUUUGGUACUUUAUCUUGUCACCCUCAUGGAGUGAAAAUGCUUGAAAAAUGUAAUGUUUUUCAGUGUCUUCUUAAUCUUUGUUCUUUGAAGAACCAAGAUCACUUGUUAAAACUGACUGUUUCUAGUCUGGAUUAUAGCAGAGAUGGAUUGGCAAGAGUCAUCCUUUCUAAAAUCCUGACAGCAGCUACUGAUAGCUGCAGGUUGUAUGCAACAAAACACUUAAGAGUAUUGCUGAGAGCUAAUGUAGAGUUCUUCAGCAACUGGGGGAUUGAGUUACUGGUGACCCAGUUACAUGAUAAAAAUAAAACUAUUUCUUCUGAGGCACUUGAUAUUCUAGAUGAGGCGUGUGAAGACAAGGCCAAUCUUCAUGCCCUUAUCCAAAUGAAACCAGCUCUUUCUCAUCUUGGAGACAAGGGUUUGCUUCUACUCCUAAGAUUUCUGUCCAUCCCAAAGGGGUUUUCUUAUCUAAAUGAAAGAGGUUAUGUAACAAAACAGAUGGAAAAGUGGCAAAAGGAAUACAACUUAAAAUAUGUUGAAUUGAUUGAAGAACAACUUAAUGAAGCACUUACAACAUACCGCAAACCUGUUGAUGGGGAUAACUAUGUUCGUCGGAGCAACCAAAGAUUACAGCGACCACAUGUCUACCUGCCAGUUCACCUUUAUGGCCAACUGGUACACCAUAAAACAGGCUGCCAUUUAUUGGAGUCUCAGAGUAUUGUUACAGAUCUAAGUUACACUGUUCGUUCUCCCAUGCUGGAUAAGUGGGAAGGAAUUAAGCAGCUGAAAGCAGCCCUGUGGGCCUUGGGCAAUAUCGGAUCAUCGAAUUGGGGUCUUAACUUGCUUCAAGAGGAGAAUGUAAUUCCUGAUAUAAUGGCACUCGCUCAACAUUGUGAGGUUCUGUCUGUUAGAGGAACCUGUGUCUACGUGCUUGGUCUAAUAGCCAAAACUAAACAAGGAUGUGACAUUUUGAAGCAUCACAACUGGGAUGCAGUGAGACACAGUCGUAGACAGCCUUGGCCGGUGGUUCCUGAUGACAUGGAGCAGCUCUGCAAUGAACUUUCUUCUAUACCAAGCACUCUUAGCUUGAACUCUGAGUCUACCAGUUCAAGGCACAACAGUGAAAGUGAAUCUGCUCCAUCAAGUAUGUUCAUCAUGGAGGAUGACCGUUUUGGUAGUACUUCCACCAGUACUUUCUUCCUAGAUAUUACUGAAGAUGCAGAACAAAUAUUUUAUGACAGACCUGGACCUUCCAAGGACAAAGACCGUAGUCCCUUUCCUUUUUUUUCUUCUAGUAGACUUGUGAAAAAUCGCAUUUUAAACUCUCUUACUCUACCUAAUAAAAAACACAGAAGUAGCAGUGAUCCAAAAGGAGGAAAGCUGACAUCAUCUGACAGUAAAUCAGGCCUGAGGCGAAAUCGUACAGUAACAGAACCUAGUGGUAGCAUAGACUUUCCUGCUGGGGAAGAAUUGAACCCUGUUUUCAGAGUUCCAAAAAUCCAGACUUUACGAUUAGAAACUUCUUUUGUUGGAAGUAAACAUGUGGAAGAUACUGAUUGUACUCAGACUAUCGGAGAAAAUGAUCUAAAGCUGCCAAAAGGUCUUGGAAAUGAAAUUCAUCGGGAAAACACAAGCAAAGAAAGGCUAAUUGGAGAUGGUACUACACAAACACAUUUCAAGAGUCGUAGCUUAAGUUUUAAUACAGAUACCACAACAAGUGGCAUAAGUUCAAUGAGCUCUAGCCCUUCAAGGGAGACUGUAGGUGUGGACACUGCAAAUGUAGAUACUGACUGUGGGAGUUUGAGUACUGUCGUAAGCACAAAGACAGUUAAACCAAGUCACUGUUCAACACCACAGUCUAACCACCUCCCUCUCUCAAAAUCCAACUCUGUAUCCCUGGUUCCACCAGGGUCUUCUCAUACCCUUCCCAGAAGAGCCCAGUCUCUUAAAGCUCCUUCUCUUGCUACAAUAAAAAGUCUUGCAGACUAUAACUUCAGCUACACGAGUUCUCGAGAUGCGUUUGGCUAUGCUACACUAAAGCGCCUGCAGCAGCAGAGGAUGCAUCCUUCACUGUCUCACUCAGAAGCUCUGGCAUCUCCAGCAAAGGAUGUGCUAUUCACUGACACUAUCACCAUGAAGUCUGGCAGCCUGGAUUCUCGACUAACGCCAAGCCGGUUCAUGAAAGCUUUAAGUUACGCUUCGUUAGAUAAAGAAGAUUUAUUGAGUCCUAUUAACCAAAACACACUUCAACGUUCCUCUUCUGUUCGCUCCAUGGUUUCUAACGCUACUUAUGGUAGCUCUGAUGAUUACAUUGGCCUUGCUCUCCCAGUGGAUAUCAAUGAAAUAUUUCAGGUAAAGGAAACCCCAUAUUUCCAGAAGAAAACUACACCUCCAUUUGAUGAGCAUGGAUCUAGGGUCUUUACAUCUGAUGCAGGAGGUCUUCCAUCAGGUGCAAGUGAUGUUGUCAAAAGCCCUUUUCAGAUGCUCCGCCAGCAGAUCAGUCUCACAGAAAUAAUGAAUACCAGCCGUUCAGAUGCCUGUCAGUUCUUAGAAGGUACAGAGGACACAGGGCUCCAGGAGCACACAGAUGAGAACUGUCUUUACUGUGUCUGCGUUCAGAUUCUGGGUUAUCAGCCUAACACCAAAGUGAGCUCUUCCUAUAAUCGUACAGGCUGUAGUGAUGCAGUAUCCCAUGGUUCAGCCAGCAGCACCAAGAGUACAGAGCUUGUAUUAGGAGUAAAGUCAAUCCCAGAUGACACACCAGUAUGCAGGAUACUUCUGCGGAAGGAGGUCUUACGUUUAGUUAUCAAUUUGAGCAGUUCAGUAGGAACUAAGGGCCAUGAAACUGGACUUCUGACAAUUAAGGAGAAGUAUCCCCAGGCAUUUGAUGACAUAUGCCUUUACUCUGAGGUGUCCUACUUGCUAGCACACUGUACAUUUCGACUUCCAUCCCGAAGGUUCAUUCAGGAGCUAUUUCAAGAUGUUCAGUUCUUGCAGAUGCAUGAGGAGGCAGAGGCUAUUUUGGCAACACCAACACAACAGCCUGUAAUUGAUGCAUCAGCUGAGUCCUGACCUCUGCUCAGGCAGUGCUCUGCAUAUGGACUUUGAAAUGCUCAGACAACCUCCCGCUGACUGGAUAAAAAGUUUGGAACAUCAUCUUUAAAACCUUCCAGAAGCUACUGGUACCUGAAGACUGAACUGAAAACAUUUUCUUCCUCAACCAAUUACUGGCAGUCAUUUGAGCCCUUUGGGGAUUUAUUAGACAUUAUCUUAGUUUUAAUAAUAGUAAUUACCAGUAUAUGCAAGAGCCAAGCACUGAACACCUCCACAAGUUUUCAUUUCAUUUUCUACCAUAAACUACAAUGAAAUAGGACAACUUGCAGAGACAUUUUUAAUUGACUUCCGAUUCUGUUCCAGAGAAGCAGAAUGAUGCCUUGCUUUUUAGACCCUGGAUACCAGGAAUCAGAGAGAUGGGGGUGCAUUCCACUGCCAGCAAUGGGGAGCCAUGCUGUAGUUGUGGGCACCAGGGGAUUAAUGUUAGCCCUUCUCUGUUGAUUUUUGUACUGUUUAUAACACUACUUUGGGGAUUUGUAACUUCAGACAGAAAGCAAUGCCUCUGAAUCUGAGGUUUCAUUAAGUUAUUUUAAUAUUGCUAUAGUUCUAAGACAUUUUAUUAGCAGUCUCUUCGAUUUCAUUGCAUUUACAUACAUGUAUCUUGUCUGAACCAGUUAAGGAUUUUCACUACAAUUUGAUUUUCAAAACAAGUCAUUUAAAACUUAAAAUGCUGAAAUCAGAUUGUUUUCCCUGAAUACUAUGCAUGUGUUUGCAGUUUCUACACUCAUGCUCAUAUAGUACAAAUGUGGGUCUUACUCAACUACAAUCCUUUAAAACGCAUGAUUUGUAUCAGAUAAGCAAAUAUUGUAUAAACUGAACUUGAAAACAUUUAAUCAUUGUAGGUUUUGUGAGGAGACUUAAGUAUGAGUGUUUUCCAAGUUCCACGGAAACAGCUUUUUAUAAAAACAAAGGUUUAUUUGAAUUUUCAAUGGAUUAGUGAUCAAGCAUCAGAUAGUACUAAUAAUUGUAGUGAAAAGCCUUAAGUAACAAAUUUUGGAGCAGCUGUACUUAUAAUUUUAUACUGGUAUUUAAGACUUGUUGCAAAAGUUAAAUGAUACAGUGACUGGUAAUGAUUGGAGUAGUUGCCUCUAUCAUGUUACUAGUGCCGUUUCUAAACUAGUAAGUGCAAGCUAAAAAAAAAAAAAAGUAGGAAUCCCUGUCACUUUUAUCAUGGAUCUAAAGAUUCAGAAGCCUUUAUAUAAAGGUCGUAUAUAUAUGCAAAUGUGUAUAUACAGUAGCAUGGCCACCUUUGUUAGAAUGCCUGUAAUAGAGGGGAUUACCCUUUGAUUUUGAUAUAGGUGAAUAAUUCAGCUGGACUGUACUAAGUAGAACGUAUUUUUAUCCAUUCACUCCUACCAUUUUUUAUAAUUGUCAGAUUAAUACUUAAGUGAAAUUUAUCCUGAUGCUCAUAUCUCUGUUCUUACUAGCUAUGCUACUGGAGAUUUCAAUAAGUAGUCCUGUGAACAGUAACACACAGUUCCUAGUGAAAUGUAGAAUUUCUUUGUUCUUAUUGGAAAUUUCAUGAUGUCACAUAAGCACUGCUUUGCAGCUAUCACUUCACUGAAUUCUUAUGUGCACUGCGUACCAUCAGGUUCUGGUAAAGCAGACUGUAAGUUGCUGCUCAUAGUCAAAUUUAGUUCCUAAGAUUAUCUUUUCAUGAGUUCCCACUGAAAGGAGCAAAAACAAACUGAUUGAACUAUUCUGUGGUCAUUGACAUAAAUAAUACAUCAGUGUGGCAAGACAUGUUUGAAAUGUUUAGAAAACACACCACACCAGUAACUAUUGGACUUCUGGCCAUGAGAAAUAAAUGCUUCUGUAAAACCAAAAUGUCAAUCACAGUAGACCAAAUAGUGGUAUAAACUCCAAAGGAAAAUAAUGUAGUUUUCCCACAAAUGGGGAUAGCGUAUGUUAUACAGUAGUUUCAAACACUACCUCAGUUAGGCUAGAGUAGAAGAGAUUUGUUUUAAUAACUAAAUGGGGUUACAUCAAACAACUCCAUGUUAUUUUUCUGCAGUUAAGGCAAAAUAAACAAGUUUAUCACCUGUAUUUAAAAAACCCACCUCUCUUCAUUUCUUAAGUUUUAACCCAUAGCACUUAAUGUAGAAAGCAUCAUAGGAAGGCCUCUGAUUAUAGAAAGGUAAGCAAAUAUACUUUUGAAAGAAUCUCCAUCCUGAAAUGCUCAUGUGUUCCGAAUAACGCGCUUGUGUGGGGAUCCGUGACAACAGAAACUUGACAUAAAAAAUCAUGGCUGCAAAUUCAGUUAUAAAGCGUGAUUUUUCUUCUGAAAGUGUAUGAGUGUCAGUAGAUUUCAACAAGUACGCAUCAAGGAUGUUAAGUCUGUAUUGUACAUAACAUACAUUUCUAGAAAAUUAAUUUACACACUGACAUUAAGCUCACAUUGAUGUUUCACUUUAAUUGGCAGAUGAAGGGGAUACUGUUAGUGAAGGAAAUUUGUAUUGGCUUAGUUAUAAACUGUGAAUUUCUAAUUUUAUAGUUCUCUUUUUUUUUUUUAAUGUCCCUUUUAGAGUCCUUAUUUUGGGUUUUUAUUUGUAUCAUGAGAAACUUCAAAAGAAAGCUGUAGUAAAUAAUGAUUGUGCUUACAUUAGCCCUAAUAAAAAAUCUCUUCCACUUCUCCUAGGGAAGCUGACAGACCACCCGCUUUUUAUAUUUCCAGUCUGAGUGAUUGGUGAUAAUGCUCAAUAAACGGCAACGUGUGUAGCAUUCACUUAACACUGUAUACAAAUGCAGUUCGGUUGCUGUGGCCAAGAAAACUCUUCAGGAACUCACAGCUCAGAGGCAGGAGCUGCUCCAGGAAGGAGAGGCUGCUUGUGGAACCAGUCACAAUUAGCAGCAGCUGCCUGAUGUCUCUUGGCCUGCUCUUACAGGCAGGUAGGGGAAAGGGGGGCCCUUUCCAAAGAGCAGAGAGCUGACUGCCCUGCAGCCAGGCACCUCCACAAGGGCCCGGUCCUCUCCGCCGAGGGAAGGAGGACGAGGCUAGGGGCUCAGUGUCUCCUUUUGGUGAAGGAGAACUUUUCACCUCUCUGAAAUUCAGAUAUGCAGAACACUCCCAGCUGUUGUGGACAUCACUUGAGCUGGAGAUGAUUAGGCUUUGAAGUUCCCAACUUAUAUGUGGGCCCCCUGGCAUGUUGUGCUUGAAACAGUUGCCUUUGCUCAUCUGACAGCUCUUACUUGGCUGACGUCUGACAAACAUACCCUAAACAUACUCUCUCUGCGGGGUGGUGGUGGGUUUUUCAUUCACUAGUUUUGGGUGCAGUGGCUCAGCACACUGAGGUAAGCUGCCCUUAUAAACAUUUAAGGCACCUGUGAGAAUCCUGCUUGUCUUUCUGAUUUCACUUUGAAACGUACUUAGUGGUCUGGAAAGAAGAGUUGUGGUUUGCAGUGAGACUGAAAACAAAACCAAAGUGCCUCUCCUAGGUGUCUGAAGAGUAAGGUAGCUGUUCAGGAGAAAUACACUGUAACCAAAACCUGGUGAGGGAUGGAGGAGUUGCUGCUUUGUAGUCUGUGCCUUGGACUUGGUCUAGUUUGGGCAGCAGGAAGCUGGCGAAGCUCGUAAGCAAACGUGAGCUCAGGUGCAGCAGUCGCAGUGGUGGAAUUCUCACCAGGCUCUGAGGUCCCGCUCACCUCCCUGCAGUCCUGCUCUGAGCUGCUCUGGAGCCAUGUGGAAGCAGGUCCAGCAACAUUUUUUUUAAGUCACACUUGUGUUACUGUGUCCUUAUGAAAGGUAUACAAUGGGAGAGCAAAAUCUUAAAACGGCACAAGACUUUUGAAGACAUGCUGGAAACCAGCAUGGUUUUUUUUUUUCUGGAGGUCUCCAGUCUCCUUGGUUUUUGUUUAACUCACAAUAGUUCCUGGGUAGUUUUGUUUUAAACAGAUUUAUAGUCACUAACGAAUAUGGAUUUUCUUUGGGUUAUUUUUGUAGCGUAGAUGGACAACAAUGCCACAGCAUGUGGAAACUGCGUAUUUCGCUUGAGUUGCUUUUUCAAAUACGCUAUUUUACUUGCAAAAUGUAAUUUAUGCCAAAAAAAUGUAAAAUAAUUUUGCCACUGAAUAGGGUGUUUCAGCACAAGAUGCUAUGUCUAAAGGGGAAAAAAGUUCCUUCAAAUUUACUUUGUAAAUCUAAUUGAAAAAUUGUUCCAAUACUGGGCUGUCAGCAUCCCUGAAACUGCAUUACAAGACAUUACCUAAAUUAAUCAUUCUGAUCUGAGGGAAGGGAUCAAGAAAAAUCUCAAUACUUAUUCUCCCUGUCCUGUGUGGUCAUUUUUUUGUUUAGUAAAACGCUGCUACAUAUUUGGAGGUUCUAGUGUUUGUAGGUCACUGAACAAACAUUGAAAUCUGAUUUAUAUUGUAUACCUGUAACAUAGAAAGAAAAAGUAUUUAUAUAUUUUACGUAAAAAUAUUGCAUUGAGCUGUGUAUAAUUUAAACAGAGGCUUGUCCCAAAAUGGUAUUGCCCACCUUGAUUUUUUUUUGUGUUUUCCUUUUUUCUUUUUCUUUUUUCCUUUUUUUUUCUUUUUUUUUUUUGUAUACCAUGUACAGUUCAUGUCAAUGAGCAUUAAAGGCCUCCUGAAGCGUAGUCUUAUCAAAGGGAUGCGUUGUUAAUAAAAUGUACUUAAACUUCU